GUAUCAAAACAGAGCUUCACAACAGGGCUUGUGGCCGGUUCGAGACAAUUCAGUUACAGAGAGCUCAAGAUUGCCACAAAAGGGUUUCAUUCAAGCAGAAUCAUAGGCCAUGGAGCUUUUGGAACUGUUUACAAAGCCUAUUUAGUCUCUUCUGCUACAAUCUCUGCAGUGAAGAGAUCAAAGCAUAGCCAUGAGGGAAAAACAGAGUUCCUCGCCGAAUUGACGAUUAUAGCUUCUUUGAGGCACAAGAAUUUGGUUCAGCUCCAAGGCUGGUGUGUUGAAAAAGACGAAUUGUUGCUUGUUUACGAGUUCAUGCCCAAUGGGAGUCUUGAUCAGGUUCUAUAUGAUCAAUCCGAGCGUGGUAAUUUGCUGAAAUGGGUACAUAGAUACAAUAUUGCAGUUGGGUUAGCCUCUGUUCUAACAUAUCUGCAUCAAGAAUGUGAACAGCAAGUGAUUCACAGAGAUAUAAAAGCCAGUAACAUAAUGCUAGAUGGUAAAUUCAACGCAAGGCUUGGAGAUUUCGGAUUGGCACGAUUGAUGGAUCACGGUGUUAAAAGCCCCGUUUCGACUCUAACCGCUGGAACUGUGGGAUACCUUGCUCCAGAGUAUCUUCAGUGUGGGAAACCUACCGAGAAAACCGAUGUUUUCAGCUAUGGAGUGGUUGUACUUGAAGUAUGCUGUGGAAAGAGGCCAAUUGAGAGAGAACAGGGGACUCAGAGGAUGGUGAAUUUGAUUGAUUUUGUUUGGGGAUUGCAUUCUGAGGGGAAAAUCAUGGAAGCUGCUGAUGUGAGGUUGAUGGGUGAGUUUGAGGAGAAUAAAAUGGGGAAGAUGUUGCUUGUGGGAUUGAGUUGCGCGAACCUGGAUAGCGAAGCUAGGCCUUCAAUGAGGAGGGUUUUCCAGAUCUUGAACAAUGAGGCCGAGCCUGUUUUUGUGCCUAGAGUGAAGCCAAGCCUUAGUUUUUCUUGUGGAUUGCCAUUGAGAAUUGAGGACAUUAUUGUUUCAGAUGGUGAAGAGGCAUGAAGGCACCAGAUCACAUGUUUGAGAUCACAGUUGGGUGAAUCCACAAUUGUGAA